AUGGCGUCAGCAACAACAGGCACGUUUGCCAACCCGGUUCUUACAGGCUUCAAUCCAGACCCGUCCUUCAUCCGCGUAGGAAAAGACUACUUCUGCGUCACGUCGUCGUUUGAGUAUUUCCCGGGAGUGCCCAUCUAUCAUAGCAAAGACCUCAUCCAGUGGUCUCUGAUAGGCCAUGCCCUGACGCGCAAGUCGCAGCUUGACAUUAGAACCCCGGAGCCGGGAGGCGGUAUCUGGGCCACCACGAUCCGGUACCACGAUGGCACCUUCUACAUCAUCACGAGCUCGUUUGAUCGGUACCGGCCGCAGACAGAUGACCGUGUGUGGCCGCGGGGCUUCUAUGUGAAGACGAACAACAUCUGGAACGAUAGCAGCUGGUCAGACCCCGUCUACCUGGACCAAGUCGGAUUCGACUUUGACCUCUUCUGGGACGACAAUGGCCUGGUGUACUUAUCCUCGACUUAUCGCAAGGCCGUUCGCUCUGCAGACCCCAACAUGAGGGAUUUUGCCGUUCACAUAGCUACUGUGGACCUCAAGUCUGGUGCUUUGACUUCAGUCCCGAAAAUGAUUCGCGAGUCGACGUCGGGCAUUGCUGAAGGCUCGCAUCUCUUCAAGCGCAACGGCUACUACUACCUGUUUACUGCCGAAGGAGGCACCGAGUCGGGCCAUUGCGAAUAUGUGACACGCAGCCGAGAAAGCCCUCUUGGGCCGUGGGAACAAGCACCACACAACCCACUUUGGCGCAAUACAACCGACGACGACAUCCAAAACACCGGCCACUGCGAUGUUCUUGAAGAUUGCCAAGGCCAGUGGUGGGCCAUGUGUCUGGGAGUACGCCCAAGGAAGGAAGGCAGCGGAUGGCGGACUUCAGUCUUCGGCCGUGAGUCGAUGCUGCUUCCUGUUUGCUGGGAAAACGACUGGCCGAUUUUCAACCAAGGCAAACCAAUUGCAUUGAAGAUGGAGGCGCCAAACGCGUACAUGCUGGAGGACAGCAAACAGUGGAGGGAUGACUUUACAGGCAUCAACCUCGGGCUGGGUUGGUAUAGAAAGAAUACGCCGGUGAAACGUGACUUUUCAAUGACUGCACGCCCAGAUGAGCUCACGCUGUACGGUGGCCCAUAUACGCUGUCAAUGCCCACGUGUCCGACGCUCUUCCUACGGAAGCAAAAGCAUUGGCCUGUCGUAUGGGAAACCCAGCUAGACUUUGAGCCAAAUGUUGUAGGCGUUGAGGCUGGGACGGUCGUCUGGUGGAACUGCACUUGCUACGCCAGUAUAGGCAUUGCGCUUGUCGACCGCGAUGGCCAACUCCAACGCAUCAUGCGACUGACGACGCCAGACAUGCAAGUGAAAGAAGCGGUCAUCGCGAGGCAGGGCGCAAUAAAGCUGAUAGUCGAGAGUAGUGUUGAGUGCUAUCGUUUAGGGUACCGCGAGGUUGCCGUUGGGUCGCAAGAGACAAGUGGGGAUUGGAAAUGGCUGGGAGCGGUUGAUACCCAGAUCAUGACGCGAAGCCCCGAGGUUGGAGCGCCUUUUACAGGCAUGAUGAUGGGGCUAUACUCUUUUGGAGUCAUGCAACCUGUUCUGACGCCGGCGCACUUUGCCUAUGCCGAGUUUCGAUAG